AUGGUAGAAGUUUUCAGACUUGCCUACAACAUAACUGUGAAUCACUGCAUGGCGUCGCGAAAGCCCUCAACCCCAGAUGUAGCAACGAAUCCCACAACAACAUUUGAGCAGGCGUUUGCCAACUACCCGAUAAUCCUUAAAGAAAUUGACAAAAAUCAUUUGGAGAAGCCAUCGAGGAUUCAGUGCCAGGCCUGGCCCAUUCUACUGCAAGGCCAAGACCUCAUCGGUAUCGCACAAAGAGGUGAAACAGGAACGAUCCUGGCGUUCCUCUUACCAGCCAUGGUACACAUUGACAGUCAGAUUCUUCCAAGGGAGAAGAGGAAAGGUCCUUCAUGCUUAAUCAUGGCUCCUACGCUUGAGAUCUCGCAGAAUAUUGAGCGAGAAUUCAAGAAAUACAACUACCGAGGGUUUAAGUGUGUGUGCGUUAGCGGAGGGGGAAAUCGACGAGAACUGACGGCAGCGAAGUCAAGCGUGGAGAUUGUCAUCGCAACACCUGAUCGCCUACACAAUAUGGCCUCAAGAAAGAUAAUCGACUUUACUUACGUCACGUUUGUCAUACUCCACAAAGCAGAUCGCAUGUUAGACACGGACUUUAAAUUGAACAUCCAGGAGCUUAUGCUAAAAAUACGACCGGACCGGCAGGUAGUCGUAACAGGUACCACCUUGUCAGAAGGCGUGCGUCGCUUCGCCCAGCAGCACAUGGCCAACCCCUUCGAGGUGGUAGUCGGCCCCCUCCACUUUUCCUCUGUGCACAGUGUGAUCCAUAAAGUCGUCUUGUGUGACGAGAGUGAAAAGCCGGAGCAUCUUACAGAUUUUCUUCAAUACUGCCUUCAUCCAGGCGACAAGACAGUCGUUUUCUUGCGUAAAAGGGACAGGGUAGAACGCCUGACGGGUGACUUGGUUCUGGGUGGCAUUAAAUGCGACUGCAUCCACGAAUGCUUGGAGGCUUGUGACCGGCAGCGAGCACUCAAUGACUUUCGGAGAGGCACAGUGCCAAUCUUGAUCGCUACCGACCUUGAAUCUCAAGCGUUGGACGUCGAAGAUCUGACGCAUGUCUUCAACUACGACUCUCCUCUAAACGUAGAAAAAUAUGUCUAUCGAGUAGGCCGCGCAGGUCACGCUGGGCGUCGCGGUUUCUCCGUUACGCUCGUAACCCGUCAGGACUGGAUGCAGGCUCGUGAUCUGAUUGACGUUUUGGAAGAGGCCAACCAAUAUGUCCCCCAGGAGCUGUACGCCAUGGCUGACCAUUUCGACGCAUGGAAAAAGCGAUGUGCAUUUCGGUCGGUUUAA